AUCGUUCAACUAAACAGCCUACUAAAGAGUCAGUACACUAUGGAUGGGAAUUUAGUCGAUUAGACGGAACUCCAGUUGAUACAACUGCAUUGAUUGGUUCAGGUGAAAGUAAACUAGAAAUGCGUGAGAAUCGUUUAACACUUCAAGGAUUAAAACAAACAACAUCAAUUCGUGGUCGAUGUCGUGUAUCAAUACCACCAGAAGAGGUAACCGAUGAGACACAAGUACCAUCCACUGAAGAAGUAUUCUAUUCACCAUACUUUAGAUUUGAUGUAACUGAUGCAACUGGAAGUGGACGUAGAGAUUUCGCUCCACCAGCACAGCCAA